AUGCCCGCCAACCUAUUGCUGGCGGACAACUUUCUGCUGAAGAUCUGCGACUUCGGCAUCACCCGGCGGGACUGCGAGGCGGGCAUGUUGUGUGGAACCCCUGGAUCGCCGGCUCCCGAGCAACGAGCAACAACGAGCAACAAGGCCUUCAAGCUGUCACCAAACGGCGACGGGUUAGCACAGCUAUUCCAACGAACGCAAACGUCGGAUUCGCGCGAUCGACCCAGUGCUACCGAAAUGCUUGAACUCUAUUCGAUGCUCGGAGAAAUGUGGCGGCGCCACUCGAAAGCGCCUGAGCAUCAGGCGAUGGCCGUGGCUCCAGAGGCAAUCCGAAAUAAUGGGGAGAAGGUGCGGUUUCUUGAAGAACUGAAAUUCUAUACCAGGGCCCUCUGGUGUCUCAAUGACUGGGAGAACUUCGAGGACGAGAGGCGAUCCGUCCGUCUUUAUUUUCUCGAAAAGCUGCUCGUCGACGUCGAGGAGAGGCAUGAAACAUUCUUCCCCGUCUUCUUCUUCUCCUACGAGGACGAAGAACACCGAGGGGUGUAUUUGGGACGAGAGGUGGAUGACCUGCACAUUAACGGCCUCAACGAGCCGUGGCUCGGUGACCACGGCCUAAUGCAGCGUGCAACGGGCACCGUACGUAUGAUUCCGUUUGCUGCGCUGAUGCCAGCGCUGCUGCUCUUGUACGGGAAUCUGCUGGCAAAGACCAACUGUGGCCGGAUAAAGCACCUUCUCGCCGCGCUAUGGGAAGACACUAGGCCGCCAUGGGAAAGCAGCUACCCAUCUAGGAAUCUAUACAAAGAAGAUCAGGAACGACAGGCGAAAGAAUGUGAGGAAGAAUCCGGACCCGACGAAUAUGCCCAAUCUAGGCUAAGCAGGGCGUACACGAUC